AUGAAGAAGUGUUGCAACAUCCGUAGUGUUGUUCUGGACUAUACAACUGAUACACCAUUCCCUCUAUUCAUACUAAAGUUUGAAUUUCUUGGUUACCUAAGGAUAUGUAAUAUUAAUUGCACGGAAUUUCCAGAAGCUAUCUCAAGCUGUUGGAACUUGCAGGCACUUCAUGUUAUGGAGUGCAAAGGCUUUUCAACAUUACCUGAGUCUAUUGGCAAGCUUAAGAAGCUGAGAACUCUAGAGCUGUUGAUGGUUAGUGACCUUAGGAGUCUACCUCAAUCUAUUGGUGAUUGUCAAGAUCUGCGAUCUUUGCAGCUAUAUUCCUGCAACGCACUCAUUGAGAUACCCAGUUCCAUAGGUAAGAUUGAAAAGUUAAGUGUGCUUGAUAUUGUCAAUUGUGUAUGUGUGCACAAUCAGCUGCAAAAAAUUACUUGGGAGCAUACAAAUAUGGAUAGAAUUAAUUUAUCUGGUUGUCAUAAUCUCAGAGAUCUUCCAAGUGUCUUUUCUUGUCGUACAUUGCACACUCUGGAUCUUACUCGAACCAAUAUCACCUUGCUUCCUAAAUGGGUCACAUUAAUUGGUACUCUGGAAUGCAUAAAGCUUCAAUAUUGCAUGAAGUUUGUGGAGUUGCCCAAAGGCAUAACAAACUUAAGAAGGCUCGAAGUAUUGCACUUAAAUGGUUGCUCAAAACUUCGUUGUAUGCCAUCAGGGUUUGGUCACCUGACUCGUUUGAGAUGGCUUGGCCUGUUUGUUGUGGGAUGUGGUGGAGAUGAUGCAAGACUAUCAGAGCUUGAAAAUCUUGAUAUGAUUAGUGGUUGGCUGAGAAUUUGUAACCUCAAAUAUCUGAAGGAUCCAGGUGAAGCCAACAAAGCUUGCUUGAAGAAGAAGAAUAACAUACAUUCGCUGACAUUGAAUUGGUCUCGUGAAACGGAAGAAGAAUUAGUGUCAGAUAUUGAAGACCUGAGCGUGCUGGACUCUCUUGAACCACCAUCAGGAAUUGACUUCUUACAAAUUAUUGGUUAUCAGGGUCCCCAUUUGCCAUGUUGGAUGAGGAAGCAACAUGAUUCUUCUUGUUUGGAAUCCAUUAUGCCAAAUCAAACCAGCCCACCAAAAUUCCUUUGGCUAACCGAACUAUCACUCGAACUCUUGCUGAACUUGAAGUCUCUGCAAGGACUUGUGGAGUUGCCGUCAUUGAAGAACUUAUUGUUGAUUGGAAUGCCUAAUUUGGAAGAGCUGUGGAUUACAAAUGGUUUGGAAACUGGUGAGGAACAGGUAGGAGUGCAGUAUUGUUUCCCUGUGCUGACCAAUCUAAUUAUAAAGCGCUGCCCAAAAUUGUUUGUGAAGCCCUGGUUGCUGCCAUGCUUGGGGUUGACAUUCGAAGAAAGCAAUGAACAGCUGCUGUCCCCAGGUAGUUUGUUCUCCUAUCUGCCUACACCUCCAGUGUCAUCCUCCUGCAGCGUGCUUGUGGCAGUUCCUACUCUCAAGGAGCUGAGGCUACACAGAGUGACGGGCUCAGCACCGGUUUGGCAAGUUUUACAGCACUUCACCUACCUCCAGCUGCUACACAUCGUGGAAUGUUCCACUCUUUGCACGCUGCCUGAGGGGAUCGAGCACCUCACCUCCCUUCAACAGCUCGAAUUGGUAGAAUGUGAUGCAUUGACAUUGCUUCCAGAGGGGAUCGGACAACUAUCUGCACUUCGAUCACUCCAUAUCUACGGACGUUCUGCCCUUGAAUCCCUGCCCCAGUCCAUAAAACGUCUUACAGCCCUGCAGACAUUGUACGUUUUUGGCUGCCGUGGCUUGACCAAGCGUUAUGAGGAAGGAGUGGGGGAUGACUGGCACCUUAUCUCCCAUAUUCCUGAUGUGACGAUGGUUGAUAUGGAGCUUCUAGCCCAACGUCACAGAGCAUAUGCAUCUAUUACCUCUUGA